AACCCUGCUGGGCCCUAAUUUCACAUUCUCUCUAUCUCAUAUUCAAAACCCUAGUCCUACUAUUUCUCUCUUUUCAAUUUAUGCGUAAUGAUUUCCCAUACAUAUGCAACGGACGCGCAGGCCAAAUCCACAGACCUGGCGACGAAGAUACUCGGCGCCGCCACGCCGCCGCAGAUCGCCUCCGCCUGCGCCGCGGUCGAGGCCUUCCUCCACAAGCACGCCCCCGAUCAGACUCGCUGGUUCUUCUCCAUCACUUUCCCAACCCUAAUCUGCAAAAUAUUCGGUUUCGACGACUCGCAGCCCAACCGCCCUCCGCCUCAGUCUCCCAACGGCUGGCUAGAAGCCGUUGCCGCCGCCAACGAUUCCGAGCUGUUGGGUAAGGUUUUCAACCUCCUGUCCCCGAAUGGUGUGUUGUUGUCUUCGAUUUCCGCUGUCGAUCAGCUUUCGCUGGUUAAGUACGUGUUUCCGGUUGAGCGGUUGCCGGAGUGGGUUAGGUUUAUGCUCCAGAACGAGCGGGAUUGUCGGGUUUUGGCUGACUUGUGCCCGUUGUUUAAGGGUAGGAUUAAGGAGGAUUCAGUCAAGGGUGCAUUUCAAGUUCAAUUGAAUGUGUUCGAGUAUUACAUAUUCUGGUUUUCUUAUUAUCCUGUGUGCAGAGGGAAUGGUGAAAACACCGAUACAAUGAGGGUUCAAAGGAAUAAGAAGUUUAGGUUGGAGAAUUGGGCUUAUUCAUUUCCAGUGUUUUCAAAUAGUAGGCGUGGACCGGAGCAAAAGGUUGAGUGUAGUUUGUACAUGCGACUUCUUUAUGCAUACUUUCGUGCAUUUGUGCCGAUAUCUGAUUUGACUUCACGUCAGCCUUAUCGUAGCUCACUUCUUCAUUAUUCGCCAGGCUGUAAUAAUUCAGUUUUUGAGCAAGCAGAGUUCCUUGUUAAUACUCUGACACACUUUUGGUUGGUUGAUAACGAUUUUUCCCCAGUACCUGUAAGUGUGCGCAGGUCAUUUGGCAUGUCCUUUCCUUUUCUUUCAGUUCUAGCUGAGACUCCACCAACUUCUGGGUUGGGAGAGGUGGUCAGAGUGUUUGUGAAAUAUCUAAAUUUGAGUUCAGUUGCCCUUACUGAAGUUCCAGAUCAGAUUGAAUAUAAUGGGAAUGUUAGGUGGAUGGUAUCAGGAUCGGCUGAUGCUCUCAAGGCAAGGAAUUCUGUGUCAGUAACUCCUGGUAUUAAUUCUGCUGGUAGUUGGAAUUUAUGGACUCAAAGGCCAUUGUAUAGGUUCAUAUUGAGGACGUUUUUGUUUUGCCCGAUUGAGACUUCUAUUAAAAAUGCAUCUCAAGUGUUCGAUGUGUGGGUUAGUUAUAUGGAACCUUGGACAAUUAGCUUGGAAGACUUCAAGGUGCUAGAGGCAGGUGUUGAUACGUCAGUUAAAAGUACAAUUGAUGUGCUUCCUCACCCCUCAGCAUGUGGAUAUUCAUGUUCUUGGAAGGGCUAUGUUCUAUCCAACUAUCUGUUUUACAGCUCCUUGGUUAUGCAUUUUAUUGGCUUUGCACACAAGUUCCUUCACAUGGAUCCAGAAGUAAUAGUACAGAUGGUGUCAAAGGUGAUAAACAUAUUAACCUCAUCGGGCGAGCUGACUGAUCUUAUAAAAAAUGUGGAUGCAGUAUUUCACUCACUUCCAGUUAGGUCAUCCAAAUCAAUUCUUAAUAACUUGUACAGAUAUGUUCCGUCUAUACGUGAACAAUUACAGGAUUGGGAGGAUGGUUUAUGUGAGAGUGAUGCUGAUGGAUCGUUCUUGCAUGAGAACUGGAAUAAAGAUUUACGACUUUUUAGUGAUGGCGAAGGCGGUGGGCAGCAGCUACUUCAGCUCUUUGUCUUGCGCGCGGAAUCUGAGUUGCAGGCAAUUUCUGAUGAUAAUCUUGGGCGCAGGCUUCAGUGUUUAGAUUCACUUAAAAAGCAGUUAUGCUACUUGUUUGGGGAACCUGUCAUCAAGCCAGCGUCGACCCCAGCCGAAGGAAGACAAUGUCAAGAAUCGCGCAAUGAAAUUUUCAAGCCUAGACGAGUUGCCAACGCCAUGUCAGCUGAUGUAAAGUACAAGGGUGACUGGAUGAAGCGGCCCAUCUCCAGCGAUGAGAUUGCUUGGCUUGCGAAGCUGCUUGUCAAUUUGUCAGGCUGGUUGAACAGAAGUUUGGGGCUAAACCAGGGUGAGAACAGUCGGACUGAUCCUUCUUGGUCCUAUAUCGAGGUCUCAGGCGGCGUUAAAACUGUGUGUGGACCUUCAGAGACUGUUAAAUUGCUGAUAUGGUCCGUUGUUGGUUGGGUAAUCACAACAUGUGGUGCAGCAGUUGGGUUCAUGAAAAGGCAUGGCUUGAGGGUGAAUCUCAGGUUACUAGCUUCAAAGAAGGUUGUAUCUGUGUUGCUUGUGUUAAUUGGCUUGAGUGCAUUGAGAAAAGCAGUUGCAGAAGUUUGAACAGUGCGAAUAUAUGUUAAUGAAAUCGAGAAAAAAAAAAAAAAGAAAAGACAAGAAAAGAAAAG